CUCAUCCAGGGAACGAAAAAAAAAAAGAAAAACAGGCAGGGAGACGGUGGGGUGGAGUACAGGAAGCUGGUUGAACAUGGGCGAAAUUUAAUCUAAUAACGACAUAAAUCAUAGUUUCCAUUUCUUCCCUAUUUUUACGGAACAAGACUGCGGAGAUUUGUGGAAUUUUUACUGGAUUGCUUUGGAGAUUUAGGCGAACAGCGAGGAGAAGAUGUCUCGGGGAGUGAUCCAGCCCAGCCAGCAGAAACUGGCAGAAAAACUCACCAUCCUCAACGACAGAGGCAUCGGGAUGCUGACCCGUGUUUACAAUAUUAAAAAGCAAGGACAAGUUUGGAAGUUCCCCGGUGUGAGUCAGAGGGCAUGUGGCGAUCCCAAGGCUAAGCCCUCCUAUCUCGUCGAUAAGAACUUGGAGUCUGCGGUUAAAUUUAUUGUCAGGAAGUUUCCUGCAGUGGAGACGCGGAAUAACAACCAACAGCUGGCCCAGCUGCAGAAGGAGAAGUCAGAGAUUCUGAAGAACCUGGCUCUCUAUUAUUUUACCUUCGUCGAUGUCAUGGAAUUCAAGGAUCAUGUGUGUGAGCUGCUGAACACCAUCGAUGCCUGCCAGGUCUUCUUUGACAUUACGGUGAAUUUUGACCUGACUAAGAACUACCUGGAUCUGGUGGUAACAUACACUACUCUGAUGAUAAUACUUUCUCGCAUAGAGGAGAGGAAAGCCAUCAUAGGGCUUUACAACUAUGCCCAUGAGAUGACGCAUGGAGCCAGUGACCGGGAGUACCCCAGGUUGGGCCAAAUGAUUGUGGAUUAUGAGAACCCUUUGAAGAAGAUGAUGGAGGAGUUUGUUCCACAUGGAAAGUCCCUGUCAGAUGCGUUGGUCAGCCUUCAGAUGGUCUAUCCCAGGAGGAAUCUGUCAGCUGACCAGUGGAGGAACGCCCAGCUGCUUUCUCUCAUCUCUGCUCCCUCCACAAUGCUCAAUCCUGCUCAGUCUGACACUAUGCCCUGUGAAUACCUGUCACUGGACACAAUGGAAAAGUGGAUUGUUUUUGGUUUCAUCCUGUGUCAUGUGGCGCUGAAUAGCGACGCAGCAGCGCUGUCUUUGUGGAAGUUGGCUCUGCAGAGCUCCACCUGUCUCUGUCUGUUCAGGGAUGAAGUUUUCCACAUCCACAAGGCUGCUGAGGACCUUUUUGUGAACAUCAGAGGGUACAACAAACGCAUCAAUGACAUCAGGGAGUGCAAAGAACAGGCCCUGUCUCAUGCAGGCUCCAUGCACAGAGAGAGGCGCAAGUUCCUCAGAUCAGCUCUGAAAGAGCUGGCCACUGUUUUAGCUGACCAACCUGGACUGCUUGGUCCAAAGGCGCUGUUUGUGUUCAUGGCGCUGUCAUUCGCCCGUGAUGAGAUCAUCUGGCUGCUUCGACACGCAGACAACAUCCAGAAGAAAAGCACAGAUGAUUUCAUAGACAAACACAUAGCUGAGCUGAUCUUCUACAUGGAGGAGCUCAGAGCUCAUGUCAGGAAGUAUGGGCCUGUGAUGCAGCGAUACUACGUCCAGUACCUGUCUGGGUUUGAUGCUGUGGUGCUGAAUGAACUGGUUCAGAACCUGUCUGUGUGUCCAGAGGAUGAAUCUAUAAUCAUGUCUUCAUUUGUCAACACCAUGACUUCUCUCAGUGUUAAACAAGUGGAGGAUGGAGAAGUGUUUGACUUCAGAGGCAUGAGACUGGAUUGGUUCAGACUGCAGGCCUACACAAGUGUCUCUAAAGCCAGUCUCGGUUUAGCCGAUCACAAAGAGCUCGGUAAAAUGAUGAACACCAUCAUCUUCCACACAAAGAUGGUGGACUCUCUGGUGGAGAUGCUUGUGGAGACAUCAGACCUGUCUAUUUUCUGCUUCUACAGCCGUGCAUUUGAGAAGAUGUUUCAGCAGUGCUUGGAGCUUCCCUCCCAGAGCCGCCACUCAGUCUGUUUCCCUCUGCUUUGUACACACUUCAUGUCCUGUACACAUGAGCUCUGUCCCGAGGAGCGUCACCACAUAGGGGAUCGAAGCCUGUCGUUGUGCAACAUGUUUUUGGACGAAAUGGCCAAACAGGCCAGAAACCUGAUCACUGACAUCUGCACCGAGCAGUGUACACUUAGUGACCAGCUGCUUCCCAAGCACUGCGCAAAAACCAUCAGCCAAGCUGUGAACAAGAAGAGCAAGAAGGCGACGGGGAAGAAAGGCGAGCCGGAGAGGGAGAAACCAGGCGUGGAGAGCAUGAGGAAGAACAGACUGCUGGUCACCAAUCUGGAUAAACUCCACACCGCCUUAUCUGAACUCUGCUUCUCCAUCAACUACGUUCCCAACCUGAUUGUGUGGGAGCACACUUUCACACCGAGGGAGUACCUCACCUCGCACCUGGAGAUCCGAUUUACCAAGUCCAUAGUGGGGAUGACCAUGUACAACCAGGCUACUCAGGAGAUAGCCAAGCCCAGCGAGCUGCUGACGAGCGUCCGAGCAUACAUGACCGUGCUGCAGUCCAUAGAGAACUACGUCACCAUCGACAUCACACGAGUUUUCAACAACGUCCUCCUGCAGCAGACGCAGCACCUGGACAGCCACGGAGAGCCCACCAUCACCAGUUUAUACACAAACUGGUACUUGGAAACGUUGCUCCGCCAGGUCAGUAACGGACACAUCGCCUACUUCCCCGCCAUGAAGGCUUUCGUCAACCUGCCCACUGAGAACGAACUAACUUUCAAUGCUGAAGAAUACUCUGAUAUCUCGGAGAUGCGUUCCCUGUCAGAGCUCUUGGGCCCAUAUGGUAUGAAGUUUCUAAGUGAGAGCCUAAUGUGGCACAUCUCAUCUCAGGUUGCUGAGCUGAAGAAACUGGUGGUAGAAAACAUGGAGGUGUUGACCCAGAUGAGGACGAGCUUUGACAAACCAGACCACAUGGCUGCGCUCUUCAAGAAACUCACCUCUGUGGACAGUGUUUUGAAGAGAAUGACCAUCAUUGGGGUCAUUUUGUCCUUCCGCUCGCUUGCUCAGGAGGCUCUGAGAGACGUUUUGUCCUGUCACAUUCCUUUCCUGGUCAGCUCAGUGGAGGAUUUCAAGGACCACAUUCCCCGAGAGACGGACAUGAAGGUGGCCAUGAACGUUUACGAGCUGUCCUCAGCAGCAGGUUUACCCUGUGAGAUCGACCCAGCUCUGGUGGUGGCUCUGUCCUCUCAAAAGAGCGAGAACAUCAGCCCAGAGGAGGAGUAUAAGAUCGCCUGUCUGCUGAUGGUCUUUGUGGCAGUUUCGUUGCCAACACUUGCCAGCAACGUGAUGUCGCAGUACAGCCCAGCCAUCGAAGGCCACUGUAACAACAUCCACUGCCUGGCCAAAGCAAUCAACCAGAUCGCUGCUGCUCUCUUCACCAUCCACAAGGGAAGCAUAGAGGACCGCCUCAAAGAGUUCCUGGCUCUGGCCUCAUCCAGCCUGCUGAAGAUCGGUCAGGAAACGGACAAGAUGACGACACGUAACAGAGAAUCUGUCUACCUGCUGCUGGACAUGAUUGUGCAGGAGUCUCCCUUCCUCACCAUGGACCUGCUGGAGUCCUGUUUCCCUUACGUCCUGUUGCGAAACGCCUACCACGCCGUCUACAAACAGAGCAUCAGCGCUAAUGCAUAGACACACACAGACACUAACCACACAAAGGCAUACCUUAUAGUCUGCUAUUGAAUGGGGGUACAGACAAAACAAAUACACACUACCAGAGUACACUAAAUCCAAACUAAACACACUAAUCUAUGCCUACAAAGCCUCAGCGUGUUCGGACAAAAAAGCAACACUGUCGGCAUUUAACACUAAACGCGUAGCAUUGAAAACAAAUCCACUCAAAAUAUAAGAAGAGCGUAUGAAACACAAGUGCUCAAAUUAAAAAGAGGAGGGAAAAAACACAACAUAUGAACAGAAACACGAGCUGGAUGAAGUUGGGGGAUCAGUGUCUUUAUUUUAAUCGUACCGUUUCCAUGAUGUUGCCAGGGACCACGACCAUAGCAACACAAAAAAUACAUAAUGUUUGGUUGGUAUAAAGAACAAAAGUAUAAAUAUAUAGUAUAUAUAUAUAGUUGACACUAAAAUAUUUUUUUUCUCCUUUGUUUUUUUUUGUUUUUUUAAUUUUGCAAUGAAAGUUUUGAGAACUUUAGUGGCCAGCUGAUAACUACUAUGUGGUGAUGGAUUUUUGGAUGCUUACUUUGAGAAUGCAAAUGAUUCUGAUGUUUUUGUGGGGUUUAUUAUUAUUCUUAUUAUAUUUCUUUUAUGGAUGCGGGGUGAGGAUUCCUGUGUUGAUACUGAAAGACAUGUUGCUCAUUAAUCUGAGUUUACACACGCGUACAGAUACACAAUCCUGAGCAGAUCUACGGUUCCAAACACUAAUCUUCGACCAUUUCCUAGCAAACAAACACACACACACACACAUAUUCAGACGGACACACACUUGUAUAACAUGGUGAUGUUUUCUUUCUUUUUUUUCUAGCUAGUCGUAACAUGAACAUUUUGUGGGUAAAGAUAUAAUAUCUGUAUUCUACUUUGAUGUGAAGCUGUCUGUUUUUAAUGUUUAUGUUUUGUUAUUUUUAUGACGACGACAAUGACGAUUUGCCAAAUGUGUUGACACUAAAAAAAAGAAAAGUGUGUAUCAGGGCUUGGAAGGAUUGGAGUGUUGACAAGUGGUGAGAAAUGCCGUUUUUUUUUGGGCGUUUUCAGUGUUUGACGCCAGCUCUGCGGCAGCUCUGUUAAACUCUUACAGUGGGAUCAAGCAAAAGAAAACACUUGCAAGUAUUCCCCUCAGCUCCCCUGACUGACGCUGCAGUAGGUGCUACAUGUUGUCUGCGGUAGAGUAAAACUACAAAAUAACCCCUAAUCAGAACGAGUCCACUUGUGGCUCCUGGAAAGGAGCUUCGUUGUUCUUUUGAAGCCCUACUGAAGCAGCUGGGGGAAGCACGCCUUACUCAAAGGCACCUUAGCAGCAGCUGAUGAUAGCUGACCAUCUAUAGUCCAGUUAUAUAACUGUUUAACUUUAAUACUAAGGUCAUUUUAACCACCUAACACUAAUAAAAAAACAUAAGAUGAACUGGAGCUGCAAUAAGAAUAAAAAACAAUUAUUAUUCACCCUCAGUGCCGCUUUCACUGGAUUUGCAAAUUCUGGUCGAAGGGGCAUCCACCAAUGACUCUUACAUAUUUGCGACGGUUGUGUGGGACCUUAAAGGACAGAUGGACAACUUUUACAAAGUGCAGUCUGAUUUUUAUUUUCUUCCUCAAUCAGAGCACAGCAGGGGCUACGUAAUGAGACACAAACCUUACUCUCCUUAAGUUAGCCCUUUGCUAGUGUAAUACUAACCCCAGGGCUCUGUCUGAAGGUUCAUUCUGCAUACUACUCAUGACUUUUAACCACUGCUGGAGUUAUUCUGCAAGUGGCUGCAAAGUGAAGUCAUAUUUACAGAACGUAGCAGGAACACAGAAAAAAAAGGUGUUUCUUCUGUGGCGAGUCAGUAGUUUGCAUUAUGAGGUUGUAAGGACAGCUCCGUGGACACAUUCUGCCAUUUGAUGUGGAAUGGUUGCUGUUUUACUUUAUAACUUUUUUUUUUUCUUCUCUUUUUUUUUUGUGUUUCUGAUUCCAACUUGUAACUUAAAAUGACAUGAAUAAAAUAAACUUUAGGGCUGUGUCAGACCUGAA